AUGGCAACAAGUGGCGAGUUCAAGCGACUGGUGCUCAAGCAGUUCCCGCCGACGAAUGAGGUCGAGACAGCCGAGUCCACGUACUGGAAAAAGUUCCACGCGCCCGAAGAGCUCCAACAAGUCGGAGCAGUGACACACAUUGACGUGUCGCCCGUGACGCCGCAUCAAGUGGCCAUCACUUCGUCCACUCGCAUCCACUUGUACAGCACGACGACAAAUGCGAUUGUCAAGACGUUCAGCCGCUUUCGUGACGUCGUGUACUCGGGCACGUUCCGGUCGGAUGGCAAGUUGCUCGUAGCUGGUGGAGAAGCCCCGUUUGUCCAGAUCCUGGACACGAACACACGAGCGAUUCUGCGGUCGUUGAAAGGCCAUUCAAGUGCCAUUCGCAGCACCCGCUUCGCACUUGACAAUGUGCACGUGCUUUCGUGCUCGGAUGACAAGACUGCGCGGUAUUGGGACUUGCCAACGGGCAAACCAUUGGCUCUGUUGGGAGAUCACACGGACUACGUGCGCUCUUCAGCUGCGAAUCCGUCAUCGCACAACGUCUGGGCCACUGGCUCGUACGACCACACAGUGAAGCUCUGGGACCUGCGCAUGUCGGACCAGUCUGUCUCCAAGAGCACGACGAGUCUGGACCACGGUGCUCCAGUCGAGACGUGCAUGAUCAUGCCGGGAGGGAGCUUGCUGCUCUCUGCUGGUGGUAGUACGAUCAAGGUGUGGGAUAUCCUCAGCGGUGGACGUCUGCUGCAUUCGUUCUCGAGCCACCAAAAGACCAUCACGAGUUUGGGCUUGGAUGGGACUGGUACACGGUUGAUGUCGGGAUCGCUGGAUGGCCAUCUGAAGGUCUACGACUUGAAGACGUAUGAGCUGGCCCAUGGAUUCAAGUACAACAGCGGCGUGCUAACCUUUGGUAUGUCCCCCACGAACGGCCACCUCUUUGCUGGUACAGUGGACGGAGUCCUGUCCGUGCGUCGCCGUCCUGUAAAACGAACGGAACUGAAUGAAACCAGGACUCGUCAAGCUGUCAUCCGCGGCGGCACGUACAAGUACUUUUUGCGCGGCAAGAACGCGAAACCAGCAGCUGCAGAUUUCCUGGUGGCGACCACGCGUCACAAGCGCAUUCAGCCGUACGACCAGGCCUUGCGAAAGUUCGACUACAAGAAAGCGCUGAAUGAAGCUCUCGAUACGCGCUCACCGGUCAUAGUUGCCAGCAUGCUGGAAGAGCUGCGUCUACGGGUCGGACUUAAACGUGCACUGGGGAACCGCGACGAGGAAUCACUCGAGCCACUGCUGGCUUUCCUCAUCAAAUACGUAACGGACCCCAAGUACGCCUUGCUCCUGGUCCAUGUCUGCACGAUCGUGUGUGACCUGUACGCGCCGAAGCUCAGCCAAUCCAUGCUUAUCGACGGCUUGUUCAUUAAACUACACGAGAAGCUGAACGAAGAGCUGCGCGACCAGAGACAGGUACUGGCUGUUGUGGGCAUGAUGGACUCGCUCAUGGCUGCCCAGACCAACGGCGCUGUUGGCGUAGAAGACAGCAAUUAG